AAAUGGAUUUAUUGCUUUGAAGAUGUUCAUACAGUGAUUUAUAUGGUUUCUCUUUCAGAAUUUAAUCAAUUUUUAUUUGAAGAUAACAUUACUAAUAGAAUGGAAGAAUCACUAUCCUUAUUUAGUGAGGUUAUGAAUUCGAGAUGGCUUGGUCCUGCUCGUAACAUAAUUCUCUUUGUAAAACCAGAU